GUUGUGUUUAGCCUGCGUUUUAACCCCAAAGUGUGUAGAAUAAAGAAAAAGAAGUUUCUGCACAUCAUCUGGUGUUUGUUCUGAAGUAGAAUAAAUGUCUGGCAACCCUCGAGCAAGUCCCGGGCCUCACAGCUCUCUGGAGAAAUGGAUCAGAAAUGUCUUCCCGCCAGUGGUCCAUCGAUUCUUCUUUGGCCAGACGGAGGAGUUUUGUUUGGUGCGUCAUUUCUUCCACGGCCUGAUGGGGGCGGUGAGCGCAACAGUGCUGAUGCUCAGCUUCAUCCCCAGCCUUCCCUUGACCUUCACCCAGAAGAUGACCUCAGGAAGUAUUGCCCUUGGUGUGUGUGUGGUCUUCGGGAUGUUGUCGUCUACCUUCAGAUGUAGCCUUCUGCUCAUGCUACCCACUUGCCUUGGCUCCAGCGGCCGAUCAUACCUGAUGGUUUUAAUCCUCUCGGUUCUUUACUCUGGUCCAGUAUGGAACAUCCAAAGUAACAUUCAAAGAGCUGCCGAGUCCAUGAGCUGCAACUUGGACCUGCAAGUCAACAACAGCAAGCUACUGUGGAGAGACGCCAUUGCACCAUUCCAGAACAUCACAGAGGAGCUGCUGAGGGACGAGCCGAAGCUGAAGGCAGAAACUGAGAAGGUCAACAGAAACUUCCACAGCCUCCAGGCCGCGCUGGCAUCCCAGUACGGUUACGACUUCCAGUCCACUGACGCUGGAGGCAGCACACAAGACAAGUUCUUUGCUAACACCCGCAUGCAGUGUGACCGUGUGGUAGACGAUGGUGUUCAACGAUGCACCAAGUGGUUUGAGGCAAAAUGGAGCGAGUGUAUGGCAAAGUUUCCAUUUCCCAUCAACGAGAUCUUCUGCGUCUCCAUGAAGAGCCACUUCCUUUGCGACAUCAUGAGAGUCAUGACUCCAUGGUGCCGGGAACAGAUUCCAGUGGAAGGAAACUUCGGGCGGCUCUUUGACCAGCUCAAUGUAUCGAUGGGUCAAUUGUCCCAAGAGUUCAAGGCCAAGCUGGUUCUGACGGAGGAGAAGGAGCAGCCACUGCUAGAAGGAGACCUUCUGGAUCAGAAGUUUCUCAACGCCAUCAAAGCUCCAUUUAGCGGGAUUAGAGAAAGGAUGGAGACAGUGAUGCGAGUUGUGGAGAUGAUGAAGAACUUCACCUUCAUCUUCAUCCUCAUCCGGGCUGUUCUGUACUUGAGGAGCUACUUGAACGACCUUCACUUUGACAACAUGUACAUUACCUCCUACUUCAGGCAUGUGGACGCUCGCAGGAAGCUGGAGAAUAAGCGCUGUCUGCUGCCGCUGAGCAAGUCAGAGGAGAAGAAGUUCAUCCACCCCUGUUGGCUCUGUGUGCACCGCGCAGAAUACAAGGAGCUGUUGUCAGGUAUUCUUCACUUCCUCUCGCUUGGGGUUCUGGCGGUGAUGCUGCUCUCCCUGGACUCGGCCGUCUUCCACGCCCUGGACAUCAUCAGCCGACACUUGUUUGUCCAGUUCAACCUCACCAGUCGCCACCGGGUGGACGUGAGGGUGAACGGUGACUCCAUGAUCGCUCACCUCAUCCGGACGACUGUGUCUGCGUUCAACAGCUCAUCUCAUGUCCACAUUCAAACUGACAACCGCCAUUGUGUGAUCCCACCCGCCUCCCUCUCUCCUGGAGUGUAUCUCACCACUGUGACCUGUGUCCUGCUGAUGGCGCUGCUGAGCAUUCUUCAGGUCUACACAAGCCGCCUGAGACGGGUCAUUGCCUCCUUCUUCUUCCCUGAGAACAAAUGCUGACGCUGAACUUUUGAUGUAGUCACUGGGUCAACUCAGCACACGUUACUGGAGUGAAGCGUGUUGAAGACAGAAGUGGUCCUUUGUUUGUGUCUCAGCGGGAGAAGAAGCGAGUCCUGUUUCUGUACAACCUGCAGAUCCAGACCCGCGUCGCUCUGCAGGAGAGCGGCCCCUCAGAGGUCACAGGAAGGACGGUGUACAUGGGCCGGAGAUCUCGGUGCUGCUGGAACCCGCUGUGCUGUCCUGCCGCCG